AACUUGAGUUGUGGUGGUGAGGCCACUACUUUCCGCAUAGUUUUACUCCCCUUCUGACAUAGUUGUGACGGACAUUGGUUGGUAUAAAAAUCUGGGUGGGCCAUGGCUCUCCGUAUCGCAACACUCCUCUUUGCCCUGCACUGUCUGUUGCCGACUUCGUGUGCGGCGUAUAGAUGUAAGCGUGUCUCUGGUGCCCUGGUGCAGAUUGAUGUAAGUGUUGGACAAGUGUUCGGGGUCAACAAACACGACUGCAUCUUCACAAGGUAUGGAUCGUCAUGGACACAGUUGCCAGGCAAACUGAAGCAUGUCACCGUGGGACCUGCAGGAGUCUGGGGAGCCAACAGAGCGAAUCACAUCUUUAAACUAGUUGGGGCUAACUGGGUGAAUGUACCUGGUCUCUUGAAGCAGAUUGAUGCUGGUGGAGACCAGUUUGUGGCAGGAGCCAAUCAUGGAGAUGCCAUCUUCUGUCUUCCAAAGAAGAACACAGUUGGCUACAGUAAAAGAAACAGUGCUUUGAACUGGCGCAAUAUCCCUGGCAGACUGAAGUACUACAGCUGUGGUCCUUACAGCUGCUGGGGUGUUAACAGUAAUGAUUACAUCUUUGUGAGGAAGGGGGUGAGCUCCUUUAAUUGUGAGGGGGAAGGUACCUGGCAGGGGGUUCCAGGUCGCCUGUCUAUGAUCGAGGUGGGAAGUGACGGGUCUGUCUAUGGAGUGAAUUCUGUAGGAGACGUGUACCGCAGGGAUUCCACGUCUACCUGUAAACCUGAAGGUACCGGCUGGACCCGCAUUCCUCUCUACAGCAGACAGGUGAAACAUGUGUCUUAUGAUCUGGGCCAUCUCUGGCUCAUCCUGAAGAAUGAUGCCAUCUACGACUGCGCUGAGCACUGAGCACUGCUCUAACACAGAGGCAGCCCUGCUGGAAAAACCCUGCAGCUCAAUUACUUAAUCAUUACGCACCCUUUAAUAAUUUUUUGAUCUUCCAACACAUCCUUAAUUAGAACAGUCAUAAUCAUGCUAUGCUUCUGUUCUGUUAUCCGGUUCCAGUUUGGUUCAUAUGGAUAAACACACCUAUUUUGCAGAUUUUAACCAACAGUAUCCAGAGACUUCAAAUAUCCUGAAGUGAUCCUGACAUUUGGUUGUACUUUCCAGAACUGUUAGUUGAAAAAAUAAUUAUAAUGAUUUAUAUCUAUCUUCUUGUGACUUUGGUGAUCAUUAAAGCUUACUG